AUGGGCGAAUCACGCACCGAACUCAUCAACUGGAUCAACGAGCUGCUCGGCUUCUCGUACACCAAGGUCGAGCAGUGCGGCUCCGGUGCAGCGUACGCACAGAUCAUCGACUCGAUCUACCUCAACGUCCCGCUCGUCAAGAUCAAGUUCGAUGCCAAGCACGACUACGAGUACAUCAACAACUUCAAGGUGCUCCAGGAUGCGUUCAAGCGCAACCGCAUCGACAAGCCCAUCCCCGUCGACCGUCUCAUCCGAUGCAAGAUGCAGGACAACCUCGAGUUCCUCCAGUGGCUCAAGAAGUUCUGGGACAUGAACUUCCCCGGCGAAUCCUACGAUGCCGAAGCACGAAGGAUGGGUGCUGCAGCUGCACCACCACCGCUCGUGGGGGCUGUCAGCGUAGGUGCUGCACGCACCGCACCUGCCACCGCACGAGCUCCCGUACGAGCCGCUGCUGCAACACGGCCCUCGGCAACUGCCCCCGUUCGAAGAACAGCCGCGCCCGCAGCAUCCGCAAGGGCAGCACCACCCCAAGUUCCCAACGAGACCAUCCACGCGCUCACGCAGCAGAUGGACGAGAUGAAGGUCAGCGUCGACUCGCUCGAAAAGGAACGCGACUUUUACUUCGCCAAGCUCCGAGACAUUGAGAUCCUCGUCCAGGAGCGUCUCGCCAUCCUUGCCGAGCAGUAUCCGCCACCCGAGGAGGGCGCCGAGGAGGAAGAACCGCCCACCGAGGAGCACGAGAGCCUCCGACAGAUCCAGGCAAUCCUCUACUCGACAGAGGAAGGUUUCGAAGUGCCAGAUGCCGCAGAGGUCGCACAGGACGAAGAAGAGAUGUUCUAA